AAAAGACUAAAAAUAAGAAGCCAUAUGAUUGUAAUUUCUAAGUGUGAAUUAAAAUUUACAACCUCAAGAUUUAAUCAGAACCAUUCAACUUUGAACAAGUCAAGGAACUCAAUAAAUUCUGCAACUGCCAGCCAAUUUCGAUGAUAUGCCUCUCUUGUGCCCUCAGCUAGUGUGUGACAAUACAAUAGAAUACGAUGUCGUUUGCGGUGCCUGUGCCUUCAGCUGGACCAAGCGCUCCGCCUCUGUCGAACCCCGUGGUCGUGGUCAACUCACAGUUCCUAUCAUCCUACCCUGUGGAUCUAGUCAUUAGCGAGAAGCUCAUGACCAUUAAGGAGGGCUCAUUCGCUAUCUCCGAUGUUAACGGCAACGUCAUGUUCAACGUUAAAGGUUCUGUACUCAGCCUUCAUGAUCAUCGUGUGUUGGUUGACAGCGCCGGUGCUCCUAUCGUCACAUUUCGACAAAAGAUAUUGACAGCACAUAGGAGAUGGCAAGUAUACAAAGGAGAUAGCUCAGACAGCAAAGAACUACUUUUUAGUGCCAAGAAGUCGGGGAUUAUUCAACUAAAGACUGAAUUGGAUGUGUUCUUGGCUUCUAACACAAAAGAAGACACCCAUGAUUUCAAGGUCAAAGGCAGUUUUAAGGAAAGAUCAUGCACCAUAUAUACUAAAGAGAACACCAUCAUUGCACAAAUGCAUAAGCAAGUCGGUGUUAAAAAUCGUGUGUUAGGACAGGAUGCGUUUUCAGUGACAGUGUACCCUCAGGUUGAUUUCGGAUUUAUAGUUGCUGUUGUGGUGAUUCUUCAUGAGAUUAAUCAGGAUCGAAAGGGGGAAGAUUAGCGAAGCUGAUCAUAAUUCAUUUGUAAUAAGUUAGCUGCUACUUGAAUUUUCAUCAUAUGAAUUGAAUAAAAUGAUUUCCUUAAUUAUACUUAUGUCAUUCAAACCAAUCAAGACCUGUUGUGUAACUUAAACUAUGAAAAACUUUUACAUUUUAGUA